CUAGCUAUAUAGUUAGCCAAGUUUUACUCAUGACACUUUUACGAUAUGACUAAUCCCUGGAACAUAAUCGCUACUUGCUGAUCCCCGGCUGUAGUCUGUAGGCCUAUAUGUAACGCUACGGUGCGCCGUGGGUCUGGACCAGUGGUCUCCAACCCUGGUCCUGGAGAGCUACAGGGUCUGCUGUUUUUCAUAGUGACUCUGCACUUCAUGAAUCAAUUCGAGCAGUUGAUUACGCAGUUAACUCCACUCACCUGGUGUCUUGGGUCUCAGUUGGGUGCUGAUUUUAAGGUGAAAACAAAAACCAGCAGACCCUGUAGCUCUUCAGGACCAGGGUUGGAGACUACUGGUCUGGACGGUUUCGUGCUUCUGAGCUAUGCGCCGGCCCUCACUGAAAUGCAUUGAGGCUUGAGCGCCAGUUGGAAUUUGAAGCAAGCCCACACAAUUCCUUCAGGAAUUGUAACCUUUCUAGUUAAAGAUUAAAGUUUUGAGGGGCAAAACAUAUUCCUGAAUAUUUCUUCCCAUAGUUCUGAUAUAAAAUCUCAGUAGGCCUACACAACCGUGGAUCCUUGAAAAUAUUUUCAGAUAUUGUCAUUGUACCCACACUUUGUAGUGUUAUUACAGUAUGAUCACAGUUUACAUCAAGAUGGCAAGUUUACACCAAGAUUGACUUUAUCCUUUCAUGUCCUGAGAAGGUAUUUGAAACAGGAGCGCGAAAAUAGACUAACCUAAAAGUUUGUCUCCAGUCGUCACCAAUCACGCGCACGGCUGUGAAACGGCCUAAACGGCAACUAGCUACAUUUCCAGAUAGCCUAGCCAAAUUCGUAAGUUUGAGCAAUUAGUUCACCAGAAACGGACAGCCAACCCACCAUAUUGAAUUGUCAUUCAAAAGUAUUUUAGUUGUUUGAAAAGCACUGUCUACUUUUCCGUGUAGUUUCAGGACAUAUAGACACGCUUGGUAUCUUCGCAUUAAAAAAGGAAAAAUGAACUUCGCUUCUGGAGGAAAUUCAGAGCCAAAAAUGGAGGAGUUGCUGGAAAAGAUCAAAGAGAUGCAGCUAGGAAAGAAAGUCCUGGAAGAAGAUUUGAAAGAGGCUCAGUUGCUCAGAAAAAGUCUUCAGAAGGAACUCGAUACCUUGCAUGCCGAGCAGUACCAAAUGGAGGAGAUUCAAAAGGAAAGAGAAGAGUCUUACAGGGUCCUGCAGUUCAAGUGUGAUGAGCUGGAAUGUGAAGCAAAGAGACUGCUUCAGCUGAACAGCAAGAGCGAGGCGCUCAUUGAGCAGUACACCUUUCAAAUCCAGGAGGCCAGAUUAAAACACAGAAAACAACGGAUGAAGUUUGAGAAUCAGCUUCAACAACUGAUAGAGCAACACAAGAAUUUGUAUUCAGUUUAUUCCCCUGACAGACUUCCUUCAGAAAUUGAGAGUCUUGAAAAUGCCAGAUCGCAGCUUUUGAAAGCAGAACAGGUGAAGCUGGCACAGCUGAAUCGCCUUGCUGAGGGGAUUAAUCAGACACUCUCAGACACCAAAGCCUGAGUUUUGCAGAAUACGCUUCAAGACUUAUAGGUUGUAUUCUUCUUAAUACUCAGUUAUUGUAUCAAAAAUAUGUUUGAAUUUUCUGAAAAACAAAUUGUAUUUCCACACAUGGAUGACUCGUUUAUGCAGCACUGUCUCUGACACGUUCCCAAUUGCAGGCUUUCUCAUGCUGUUCCUGACUUUCCUGGAAACUGCUGUAUCAUUGGUUGCCACCAUUCACUUUCUGCAUUAGAUUCUCAAUUGAUAUAAAUUAGAACUUAAUUGAUAGAAAUGAAUUUGCCAACAGAGGUUCUUGGUAAAAUAAAAUGCUUGCAUUUGA